GUUUUACGUAGGCCAGAAGCUGGUGCCAGAGACAAAAUAAGCCAUGGCGUUCGGCAAGUUCCAGCUUCUUUUUUAUACCAUCUCGUUCCCCCCUACAAUAUCCUGGCACCGGAUCUUCUCUUUACGUAGACCUCAAGUAUACCGCACGUAUAAUCAUCACCGACUCCGCAUUCUUCAAGCCAAUUUUUCCCACCACGAGGUCUCUUCAAGUGAAUCACUCAGAAUGCCGACCUUCUACGAAGUCCCUCCCCCUCAUGUCCCAGAAUUCUGGACCACGAUUCCCAAAAUAACCUUCCCAGUUGGAGCAUGGCUGUGGGUACUCAGCUAUAUUCUCCUCGCCCGUGAGACAUUCCGGAGCAAAUCAUACGGCAUGCCGAUUUUUGCCAUGGCCAACAACUUCGCCUGGGAGAUCAUAUAUGGCUUCUUCUACCAGGAUCUGUUGUCAAAGCAGAUCGUGAGCACUAUAUGGGCGAUUGUCGAUGCCAUCAUGGCAUACGGAACGGUCAAGUACGGCAGAAAUGAGUGGAAGCACACCCCUAUCGUGGAGAGGAAUCUAGGGAAGAUUAUCAUUGCAUUCCUUGCAUGGUGUCUCUGGGGCCAUUGGGCUUUCAUGAACUGGUACCUCAACUAUAACAUUGCGCACAAGAAGGGCAAGUUUUAUCUUGGAGUAGAGGGACCAGACCAGACGGAGCUGAAGUGGUGGUCGGGAGAGAUCGCUCAGAUGACGCUUUCUGUCACCAGUCUGAUGCAGUUGAUUAUGAGGCAGCAUACCGGGGGCGUUACCUGGGCUAUUUGGUGAGCAAUAACUUCUUGAAUUUGCCACGCGCAGAGGCUAAUAUCUGGGAAAGGGCGACAAGAUUUAUAGGAUCCUCCAUUCAGCCGCAUGGCCAUCUCACACUGGCAUGGUAUUUUUGGCCAGAGGCACAUGCGUAUUAUAUGAGCCCUCCUGCCGUGUUUAUGUGGGUCACGUCAAUGAUGUGCGAUGCAAUAUAUCCAUUCGUUUUUUAUCGGAUCAGGCAGACAGAGAGACAAUUGCCCAAUGGACGAAGGGUUCCUGGGAAUACCAUCCAAAAGAAGGAUGAUUAGACUGCACAUGUUGCUCGGGCUUGCUGCGGAGGCUUUCAGCCAUGAUGCCAAAUUGUAUAGCUGGGCGCUGACUGGGUGUUAUUAGAAGGCAACUGCAAUUGUAGGUAGAAAUAAACAAGCUGAUAGAGUGGAAUAUAACAGACAAGACGAUAAGUUGGAUGGCAUGAAUUUAUUGCCGACGUUAUGUUUGGU